AUGGCCUUAAGAACAGUCAGCAGGCCUAUUGAUGCUGGUGGACCAGACUGCACAGCAGUUGAUGAUGACCAUAAGGCAGUUGAUGAUGACCAUAAGGCAGUUGACGUUGACCAUAAGGCAGUUUACGAUGACCAUAAGGCAAUUGACUAUGACCAUAAGGCAGUUGACGAUGACCAUAAGGCAGUUGACUAUGACCAUAAGACAGUUGAUGAUGACCAUAAGGCAGUUGACUAUGACCAUAAGGCAGUUGAUGAUGACCAUAAGGCUGGAUGUCCUAAAGUCAAAGAUCAAGUUUUAUUCACUGAGCUUGGAAAACCAUCAUCAUCAACAUCAGAUAAACUCUCUGUGAAGAAACCUGUGAAAGUAGCAGGAAAGGACCUAAAUUCUGUUAUACAGAGGUCAAAGGUCAAGCCUGUGAACAAAAACACUGACCAGUCAGCAAAGAGUAAAUUUGGUGUGUGUGAAGAUCAGGAUGUUAUUAUUAUCCCAGAAACUCAGAUUUUGUUUAGUCCAAGUUCAAAACGAGGUCCUCUUGGUACAGAAACCAGCGAUCUCGAUGUCAGCUCUGAUCUAAUUAUUCCUGAUACUCCAGAUGAUAAUGAAGCAAAGAUUCACCAACGAAAGAAAAUCUUUUGUCGCAGUUUCCUGACGGGUCCAUCAAAUUUAUCUAAACCAGGUGGUAUAGUUCCUCGUGUAAAACCUAUAAGAACUAUGAAAACUGGACUUUCUAAGGCCAAAAUAAGUCUUCUGUCUGUUUCAGUGGACUUUAAUUCUGAAACUCCUAAAAAGUUCCUGUCUGAAAAUUCUUGUGAUAAGGUAGUAGACAGUGAUAUUGAGGAUGAAAAUGAAGAUUCAGAAUUCUCUGAAAGAGAAGCAAAAUUAGUUGAUAUUUAUCUUGCACAACAACAAAAAGUUGAAACUAAGGCCACAAAUGCUCAUGUCAUGUCAGAGGUCAUGAAUAAAACAAGGAAUGUAAUAGGGGAUGAAGAGCAGAUAAAGGCAGAUAACUCUGAAAAAUGUACGGAGAAAAACAAUUCUUACAACAAUUAUGCAGAAAAUGGAAGUAAACCUUCACAGACUCCAGUGAAGAUUUAUGAUUCUAAUAUUCCUGCCAUUAAAAGGAUGAGUAAAUCAGGACUUUCUCCGGACCCUAAAAGAUCUGGGAAAACACAGUGGCAGGUAUUUGAGGAAGUGAUGGAAGGAGACAAUAGUGAUGAAAUUAAACAGAUACAUGAUAUUACCAGUAACAAUGAAAAGGAAAAAGUGAAAAAAAAAUUAUAUCUUUUUGGUUCAAAAGCCGAGUUUGUGUCAAGUAAGAGUGUGCUGAAACAAAGAGAAUCUGAAAUUAGAAGGAACACAAGUGUACAGCCCAAUGGAGAAGGUUCGAAGAAUACAUCAUCUGUGAAGAAAACAUGUGAAAAUGGUUCCAUGAAUUUAUCUCGACAACUUGGAUAUCAGAUGGGUGGUAGUAGGUCAAAGAGGUCUCAGCAUAAAACCACUACUGACGGAGUUAAAUCGGAUGAUGUUCUCGGAGAAAUACUUCAAGAGUUGGUAAAAACUCCAAAUCAAAAACCUGAAAGGCGUGGUUUGUCAGACAGUCCAAUGAAUGUAGGUCUCAUGUCAUUGGACAUUCCAGUAAGUUUGGAGACAUCAAGGAGCCUAUCUCGGUCCGAAAUUACAGACACAAAAUCAAAGACUGCAGGCAAUUAUGUAGUGAAAGAUGGAGAGCAAAAACUUCAGUCAGUUCAAAAGGAGCAAGAUUUUGGCUCGAAUUCAAAAGUUAAACUAAAGAAGAGGCAGGCUGGAACAUAUAAACAACGAAAGUCUGUUGAUGCCAGCGAUAGGUCGCUGUCAACAGACAUGUCCUUCACAGAGGAAGAAUUAAAGUAUUUCAAUGACCUAGAUAGUGGUAUCCAUGCUUGUGUCGGUGAGGAAGCAGACUCGAAGAACACUUGUAGCCAUCUUGACAAUGCAAGACAGUCGUCACAACUCUUUACACCUAUAAUACCCAAGUUGAAAAAAUCUUCGAUAAAAUUAAAAUUAAAAGAAAAUGCAGCAAGUGUACCAGGAAAUCAGUUCUCAGAUGAAUUGAUGGAAACUGAUUUUGGAUUAGAAUUGAUGAUGCAAUGUUUGACCCCUGAACCCAAGAGGUGUGUGACCCCUCAAACUUUGACCCCAAAUAUUGAGAGAUGUGUGACACCAGAUCCUGCAAUCAUUCGAGCAACUCAGAAUAUUAAUGACUUUCCAAGUCAGAUAUCUGUCAAACAUACAGGGGAUCAAGGCACUGAUAUUGAGGAUGUCCAGACCCAGACUGAGAGUCAGGAACUGUGUGAGGUGUUUGAUCACCUCACACCAUUUAAAUCAGAGGCUGAAGCACACCAGGUUGAGGUCCACCCGCCAUGUGUCCACUUUGGUCGUCAUACAGUGAAGAAGGUGAUCAUAAGCAGAGAUAGCGUUACUUUGGAGUUAGAAGAUUUCACAGAUCAGAUGGCAAGAACUUGCAUCCUGGAAGGUUUCUGGUGCGACACCCACAUCACAGAGGGAGAUAUAGUGCAUGUGAUUGGUCAGUUUGAUGAUCACAUGACCUGCCACAUCACAGACAAGUCAGGACUGAUAGUUGUGAAUCCUGAUCGUCUCCUCUCUGGGACUUCAGUCGUGUCCGGUGUUUUCUGCAUGAGAAAGUCUAUACUGAAUGAAAAGUUUAAAGGUUGUGAUAAAGGAAAUGUCCAAAUGCUCUAUGGAAGUAUCAUACACUGUUUGUUUCAACAGGUCUUGAAAAAGCAGAUAAAUGAUGAAGCUAGGAUUUUAGAAGAAGCUGAAUUUGUCACAAAGCAAAGCAAGUUUGUCCAUGAUAUGUAUGGAAUCGGUGUAACAGAAGGUGAGGUGAUGGAGGAGAUAAAGAAGUACAUACCACAGCUUCAGCAGUGGAUACGGCAGUACACCAACAGUGGUCAGGCAGUGUUUGGAGCACAGAUGAAGAAGCAGAGCGAUGACAUUCUCAUCACAAAGGUCAAGGACAUUGAGGAGAACAUCUGGUCUCCAAGAUUGGGUUUGAAAGGAAAGAUAGAUCUUACAGUGGAAGUGAAGGUGAGUCUUGGUGAAAAAUUAACAAUACCUCUUGAAUUGAAAACUGGUCGUCCAUCAUUCUCACUCGAGCACAAAGGGCAGGUAACUCUGUACAGCAUGAUGAGUUCUGAUCGACGUGUUGACCCCAAACAGGGACUUCUUUUAUACCUUAAGGAGCCGAGUAUGAAGCUCAUUCCUGCCGACCAUCUUAGUCAGAGAGGUUUGAUUCAGCUGAGGAAUGAGAUGGCCUUUUACCUGGAUCAGCAGGUGAAGCAAUCAACAGAAGAUGGAAACACAGUGUACAGUUUUGGUCGCCUUCCUGACCCGAUAAACAACUCCAGAGCCUGCCCCAAGUGUCCCCAUCUUCUCCACUGUGCAGCAUUUCAGAAGGUAGAGAAACAUGACAUAUCAUCCAAUCAUGCAAUGUCAACGCUUGUCCCGGAAUCACUGGCCCAUCUGUCUCCAUCUCACCUCGAUUACUUCACACGCUGGUGUCUCAUGCUGGACCUAGAAUCUCAAGCAAACAUACAGUCCGGUCUGAGGAAAAUCUGGUGUAGGACUGGACCACAAAGAGAAACUGUUGGGGAAUGUAUCUGCCAAUUGACUUUACGGAAAGAUGAAGAUGCAGCCUCUACCUCUGCUCUGACUGAUCAAACAUCCAAUGACACUGAAAUGUGCCGAAUUACAUUCACAAGAAAUUGGUCGAAAAACAGAGGACUUUCCAGGGACCUGAGAACGGUGGGAUUAAUGACUGGCGACUAUGUCAUUGUCAGCUCAGAAGAACCAAGUAUGAUUGCUGUCUGUAUGGGGACAUUAGAGAAAAUUACAGAGAACACGUUGACGCUAGUUACAGAAAGUGAGAGUUUAUCAAGAUUGGAGGCAAUGUGUGGAACAACGUUCCGCUUGGAUAAGUAUGAUGGGUACAGCACAUCGGCCAUUUUGUAUACUAGUUUAUCUCGUCUAAUGGCUGACAGUCCACGGAGUGCCAGAUUGCGCUCUUUGGUAAUAGACAGAUGUAAGUCAGAAUUCUUACCAAAGCUGUCAAAGGCGGACAUUGAGAGUGUGAAGAAGAUUUUUAAGCCGCUAAACAAACCACAGAAAAUGUCGAUACUAAAAGUGUUGAUGAGUAAGGACUACAUUCUCAUCAAAGGUUACCCUGGUACAGGUAAGACAUCCACCAUUGUAGCGCUCGUUAAGGUGUGUAUGAUCCUCAGACUGUCCGUACUACUGACCAGUUACACGCACUCGGCUGUUGACAACAUUCUCCUGAAACUUAAAAAGGAUAAUGUUAAUUUUCUUAGACUUGGAAAAAGUAACAAGAUCCAUCCAGAUAUACAGCAAUUCUCAGCCAGUAAUCUGACGAAAAAUUUGAACACUGUCGGCGAGUUGCGAGAAUUCUACCAUUCUCAGAAAAUUGUGGCUACUAGCUGUCUCGGAGUAAAUCAUCCAUUAUUUAGCCAGCGCCGAUUUGAUGUGUGUAUUGUGGAUGAGGCUUCACAGGUGUUACAGCCAGCAUGUCUCGGGCCGCUGUUCUUUGCUGACCAAUUUGUACUCGUGGGAGACUCCCAACAGCUGCCCCCCGUGGUACAGAGCCAGGAGGCUAGGAAUAUUGGAAUGGAUGAGAGUCUUUUUCAGUGUUUGGAUAAAAAUGGUGCAACCUUUGACCUGAAUUUGCAGUAUCGUAUGAACAGUGCUAUAAUGUCUAUCAGCAACACCCUAGUGUAUGGAGGGGCCCUCAGAUGUGGAAAUGAAAUGGUGGCAAAUAGUGAGCUGGUCAUCCCUGAUCCUGUUUCCCUUCAACAGGUGAUAGACAAGCAUGGCUGGCUAAAACCUGUGUUACUAGACAAUCCAGAUUAUAAAGCGGCCAUUUUCCUUAAUACAAGCAAUAUACCAGCCAGAGAAUCGAGAGAUAAAUCCGGGUUGAUAACAAACAUUGGUGAGGCUCGGAUCAUUGCCAUCCUGACAGAAGCUUUGAUUAUUAGUGGUGUAUCUGCAGGAGAUAUAGGAAUCAUUGCGCCCUACCGUAACCAGGUCAGCGUCAUCCGAGACAAACUAAGAAAACAGUGCACUGUUCAAGGUCAGAUAGAGGUCAACACUGUAGACCAAUACCAAGGACGUGACAAAGAAGUUAUAUGUAUAUCAUUUACAAGGAGCUUCACAUCAUCUACUGACCAACAGUCCAAGUCGGGACAGCUUUUGAAGGAUAUUCGGCGAUUAAAUGUGGCCGUGACGCGGGCAAAAACCAAGCUCCUCUUGAUAGGGGACCAAUCUUCCUUACAGAGUUAUCCACCCUUAGUUUCUAUCCUAGAUGCCUUAACAAGGAAACAAUGUAUAUCCUUUUUCCACUUCACAACCACAGUUUGGUUUGUUCUGGAUGAGAUUUGUUCUGUUUCUUGUGUUCAGAUAAAGUUUGAAGUCGAGUGUAUGCAAAUUACUUAG